CCACCGGGCGUGACUGCAAUCGCUCUCGUUAGCCAUGGUACUAUGCGCUGUAUUUGGGUGCUCGAACCGCAGCAAAACGAAGAAGAGACGGCAGUCGGCGAACACAAAUCUAUUUCGCUUGCCAAAGGUCGUGCACAAUCAGUGCGACCGCACGAGAACACUCAGUGCGAAGCGGCGCAGUCUGUGGCUGGCACGUAUCAGACGCGCCGAUCUCGACACCAACCGUGCCGAUAUCCGAGUCUGCGGCGCUCAUUUCGUAUCAGGCAGGCCAUCAAAGCUGUGGGAGGAGACGAAUCCCGAUUGGGCACCGUCGCUUCUGCUCGGAUACGGCUCGCGUCAUGCAGACCCUGCGCGCUACGACCGCGCGAAAAGACGGCGCUUGCAGAAAGAUGAAGCUGAUGCGGCGUCAGCGGCAGUGUCGGCGGCAAUCGCAGAGUCGAUCGGCACCGAUACCGGCGACGCAGUGGAAGGCCAGCCACCACCGGGAGACGAAGACGAAAGCGGUACCGAAGAAAAUGCGCCUGGAGUCGCUGCGCAGACGGAGCUAACCUCGGUGGGCCUCCAAGCUUUGGAAACGCAGUGUCUCGCGCUCAACGAGGCCCUUUACACUGCCCGGAGCGAAAACGAGCAGCUGCAGCUGUCAAAAGCAGCAUUUCAAGGAUGUGAGGCAAAAGUAAUUUUUUACACAGGAAUGCCGAACUUCACACAGUUAAACAGCUUGUUUGAACUUCUUGAAUCCCAUGUGUCACACAAUGUAAAUAAUUCAUUGUCAAAGUUUCAAGAGUUCAUUUUGUUUUUGAUGAAGUUGAAGCUGAAUCUGCACAAUGUUGACUUGGGCUUCAGAUUUGGGGUGUCUGAAGCUACAGUGUGUAGAAUAUUUGAUAAGUGGCUGCACUGUGCAUACUGUCGACUUAAGACCCAAAUUGUGUGGCCAGAUCGAACAGCACUGCGUCGUACAAUGCCACAAGCGUUUUACGAUGCAUUUGGUGAUGAUGUGUCAGUCAUCAUUGAUUGUUUUGAACUAAAGAUAGAGCGGCCAUCGUCAUUCCUGCCAAGAAGUGAAACUUGGUCCCAGUAUAAAGGCAGCAAUACGGCCAAGUUCCUAAUCGGCAUUGCUCCUACAGGUGUUGUCACCUUUAUAUCUGAGGGCUGGGGAGGGAGGACUACCGACAGACACAUCACUGAGCACUGCGGUCUGUUGGACUACUUGCUGCCUGGUGAUGUGGUGCUUGCUGAUCGAGGAUUUAACAUAUCAGAAAGUGUUGGAUUUUACUGCGCAAGGCUCCACAUUCCAGCUUUUACCAGAGGUAAAAAACAGCUUUCAGCUGAAGAGGUAGAAAGCACAAGAAAGUUAGCCAAUGUGCGCAUCCAUGUUGAGAGGGUUAUUGGCCUAAUCAGAAAUAAAUUUGUCAUUCUGAAGUCUACAUUGCCCAUUGACUAUGUUACCUGCCGACCUGGAGACGAAUUAGCACCAAUAGAUAAAAUUGUCACGGUGUGCUGCGCCCUUUCGAAUCUUUGUCCUUCUAUAGUUGCAGAAUUAAAGGACGCUAAUGAGAGUCCUUAAAGGUUUUUACCGCAGUGCAUGCAUGCUAUCAGAGCCAAUAGAUUCAUAUUGUACACUAGCGAGAAGACCGACACUGCUGCCACCGAGAAAUGAGCAAUGGCAGCUGAACCACCAUGAGAAUCAUGGGUAGCAGAUAAGCUUGCUGUUCUUCUGGCUGUAAACGUUGCUGUGGCUUUGCAAAUUGGUUCUUAGAAAGCAAAUAUGUGAUUGUAUUCAUUACAGGAAGCAAGAAUAUGUCAACAAAUCAAAGCAUCAUACCAAAAAGUAAAAUGAAAGCAAAAAAAAUUUAGAAACUUGUAUGGCAGGGCAAGGGUUGUCAUCAGUACAUUUUUUGGGAGUAUUUUUUGGGGGAACAAUUGGCACUCCUGUGUUGACUCACCUUGU